GAGACUGCAAGAUGGCGGAUGAGGAUGACGACCAGACGUUUGAGGAGGAGAACGAGGAUCAGGCAGGCGGCGCGGAAGGCGGCCCCGGGCGCAGGAAACGCCUCUUCUCUAAAGAGCUCCGCUGCAUGAUGUACGGCUUCGGGGAUGAUCAGAACCCGUAUACAGAAUCGGUGGACAUCCUGGAAGACCUUGUGAUCGAGUUCGUCACAGAGAUGACUCAUAAGGCCAUGUCCAUUGGGCGCCAGGGCCGGGUCCAGGUGGAGGACAUCGUGUUCCUGAUCCGGAAGGACCCUCGCAAGUUUGCCAGAGUGAAGGACCUGCUGACCAUGAAUGAGGAGCUGAAGAGAGCCAGGAAGGCCUUCGACGAGGCCAACUAUGGCUCCUAGUGACCCCGGGCCCUGCCUGUAUGGGGGGAGGGGGAAGGGGGGUCGUCAUUGUGGCUACAAAGUGAUUUUAAAUUAUUUUUUUUAUUCAAUCUUUCUGUAAAAACAAUAAACCUUUUUCUAU